AUGCGCUGGCAUCACUCCUUGGCUCUUCCAUUAUCGAUCACAUGUGUUGCACUAGGAUUUAGUAACGAUCGUCAGUCGUGCAGUACCCCAAGGUAUUUUGAACAGAAGGAGAAAGCGGAUACUAUCGUGAAGCAGUUCAUGGUGAGAAAUGGAGUCCCAGGACUGUCCAUAGGUGUUUCACGUAACGGCCGAUGUAUCUGGGAACAAGGGUACGGUUACGCAGACGUGGAACAGCUGGUACCAUGCAAAAGUGGUACAGUGAUGAGAAUUGCCAGUAUAAGCAAACCGGUAACAGCUGUCCUUGCCGCACGUCUGGUCCAAAGCGGAAAGCUUGAAUUGGAUGCUUCUGUUCAGGACUAUGUGCCGGAUUUCCCAAAAAAGAAAUAUAACGAGAAAGAUGUCACCAUAACAAUCCGUCAACUUUUGAGCCAUACAAGCGGUAUCAGACAUUACAAAACGGUUAACUUUUCAUGUUUUAUCUAUUCCGAAAACGUAGGUUUUGUUCCGUUGAGCGUAUUUGGCACAUGA